UGGAUUCGAAAGCAGAAUAACGUGACAAUUUCUUCGAAUUCCUGAACUACAAAAUGACGAUUGUUAAUGUUUGUCUUGUUGUGAUGCUGGGCAUCAUAAAUAUGCAAUAUAGCCAUGCGCAGUUACUUACUGAUUUAAAUAAUAACAAAUUAAUCAAAGAUUUCUUAAAUUACUUUCCCAAUGCUACUGUUCAACGGAACGUUGAAAAUGUGUUAGAUACCACAAAUAUAAAUUAUUUAUUUCCCGCUACUGGCUUGUUAGUGAAUUUUACGACGCCGGAUCAACUUUUGGGUUUAUCAUUUAAUAAUUUAGAGAUCGCAGGCAAAAGCUUCAUUGGUGGUACAAUGGAAAUAACUAUCACAUCAAGGGGCACAGUGGCACGUUUGAAUGUUCCCAAUAAUCGAACUAUAACUGGUCGUAUCAGUAGUAUUGGUGUGUCCGAAAGCUUCCAUAUACCAUAAAUGCGAGCGAACGUGCUUUAGGAGACAGUAUAAAAAACUGGCUUACCAACAACGUACCAGUUGUGGUCGACAAAUACAAGGCGUACAUAGAUCAGGUCACUAAUGCAGGCGUUUUUAUUCUCAACGACAGUUUAUUGUAAAUUACAUAAUCCAAUAAACAGUGCUUUCGAAACGUGGCACUACAUUGAUACGAUCUUGUGUGACGUCAUCAUUUUACCCCCUGCUU